AUGCCGUGCCGUUUGGACCGCAUCUUGAACGAGGCCGCUCAGCCGUACGACUGGGUUAUCAUUCUGGGUGGGACGAACGAUAUCGGCUCGGGUCUCUGGGCUGAAGAUCUUCUCCCGUCUCUUCUGGGUCUUCACGACAGAGUCAAGAAGAACGGAAGCACGAGGACCGUGGCCCUGGACCUCCCGCAGUACCUCUACGAACUGACACCGGGGAACGAGACCUACAGGGGGAAGAAGGCCAAGGUGAAUGAGGGGCUGAAGGCCUACAGCGAGGGGUCUGGGUGCUCCACUCUGUGGGUGGACCUGUGGAAUGGUCUCCCGUUUGGCUCCCUGUCGUCUAGAGGAGAAGGCACUGUACUGGGUGGACGGUCUCCACAUGACUCCCAGAGGAUAUGA